UUACAGGAAAUGGAGCGGUCAUAGCUGAAAUUACUGCAGAGGAGUAAAAACCUUUUCCUUGUAAAUUGCAUGUCCAAACUACAUAAGGAAACCGAAAAUUGCAAUUUAAGCACUUCGAUCGUGCUGUGUCACAGUAGCAGCAGCAGCAGCUGAAGACAGUGAGAAUGGUCGGGCGAGUGGAGCGGGGCUGGGCUGGCCAAAUCGACACAGCAACCAAAUAUCCAAGAAACAUUAAACCGAAAGUGUAGCUACAGUAGCCGUUAAAGUAGAAAUCGAAUAGAGGAAAUAUACUUGGGGCAAUAUGUCAACACAAAAGCUGUCAGCGAUUUCAUUAAUUCGAACAAAAGCGUCGAAUGAAUGUGAAAAAUAGUGAAAAAGCGUACUUAAUACAAGAAUGCACGACAGACUCAGAGGAGCUAAUGUAUCAUCAAGUGCGCGCCUCAUCCUCGUGCAGUGCACCACCUGAUUUAUUGCUUGUUAGCGAUCGCGAAAAUAAUAUACCGCUUAGAUCGCCUGUUGUUAACAUAAUAACAACAUCGACUAAUGCCAGCGGUAGUUCGCAAAAACAUCAGCAACACCACCACCAGCAACUGCAGCACCAGCAACAUAUUCCGCAACAAUUACAGAAUGGUACAAAAGACACAACUAGUAAACACUUAAAGAUGAAUAGCAAAAAUAGUAGUAAACUUGUAAAUACAAACACUUCAACACCGCAACAGACAUUGCAACAACACCAACACCAACAGCAGGAUGAAGUCGAUGGACCACAACAGUCGCAGCAACAACGUCAUUCCCAACCGCCACAUAAUAAGGAUGAACGUAUACGUUUAGAAGAAUUCACUUGUGACGUUUCCGUUGAGGGUGGCAAAUCAUCUCAGCCGUUGCAAUUUUCAUUUACAUUCUACGAUCUCGACGGACAUCAUGGAAAAAUUACAAAAGAUGACAUUGUCGGCAUCGUCUAUACGAUAUACGAGUCCAUUGGGAAGUCAGUUGUGGUACCGCAUUGUGGUAGCAAAACAAUAAAUGUGCGUCUGACUGUAAGUCCUGAAGGGAAGACCAAAACAAGUGGCAACAAACUAAAGAAAAUGACAGCAAACAAUGGUGGCAAUAAUGGUGCCACAGUAAGUGUACUACCUCAUGCCAAUGGCAAAAUACACAGCCUAACAGCAACGUCGACUGUAAAUGGACACGGACAUGGUGGACAUGGACAUACACGUCGUCAACAUCGUUAUCGUCCGCGAAAACUAAUUAAGUCAGAUGAAGAAGAUGAUGAUAGCAAUAGUGAAAAAGAGAAGGAAUUGGCUACUGUAGCUGCUGUUGGUGGUGGCAAGUCAAAAAGUAGUAAAUAUAAUAAAAUUAAAAUGGAGCAGGCACAUCAACAGCAGCUACAGCAACAACAACAACAACAACAACAACAGCAACAGUGUUGCCAACAACAGCAACAGGAAAAUAUGGAACAAAAUUUAGAUUUAUCAACGUCAGUGAAUAACUGUCAGCUAGAUAAUUUAUAUGAGAAUGUGACAGGGAAUCUCAAAUGUUACGCCAAGGAUAGUCCGCUUUCAACGGAAGAUUGUCGCGGUUGUGUUAGUGGUACAACUCCUACAACCAGCGGAAAUGCCAAUGGGCAUGCUCGACUGACAACAGAUAUUUACAUGAAGCAAGCAUCAACACGCGUCAAAAUGCUGAGGAAGGCACGUAAACAAAAGUAUCAGGAUCAUUGUCAAGAGACAAGACAACGUAGCCUAUCACUUGGUAGUGAAUCGUGUUGGAAGAAUCGUCAUCCCAUGCAACAAAUACAAAUGACAGCAAAAACUAUAGCUUUGCUCCAGCAGCAAGAGCAGGAGCAACAUGUAGAUGUUAUAGAUGGCGUACAGCUACGUAAUCCGCGUAGAAAUCCAGCCAUGUUGGCAGCUGUAAAACGAAACUCGGCGGAGUGCUGGAAGACUGCAUUGAAUCGUAAUGAUUUAAUUGGUAUCAUAAGAGAGAGCAUGGAAAAGAAUCGCUUGUGUUUUCAACUCAACGGAAAACCCCAAGCAAAUGUGAGUCCCAUAAGGCAACCGCAGCAUCAUCAACAGUCUCAGCAGUCACAACAACAACAUCGUCAACGCUCCAACACGGUGUCAAAAAUACCAACCUUAAUUUCCAACCACAACAAUUCCAUUAUCAACCACACGCACAACAGCAGCAACAACAACAGCAACAGCUUCAACAUCAAUUCGAACAACAACCACAGCAGCAACAACAACUUCGAAUUAAGCAUGCACGACAACAGCAACAACAGCCUGUACCAUCCCCAACCACACAUUCCCAUUUACCAUCAGCAAAUGGCCAUUAAUCCAGCUGUCUUGGCCGCACAAAAUAAUAUUGGCCAUAACAAAAUGAAUCUGUGCGGUUAUGAUUCCUUUUUGCAUGCAACAAUAUGUGGUGGCGGUACAAGCCAUUCACCACCACCACCAACAUUAACAACAACAACAACAGCAGGAACAGCAUAUACUACGAAAAUGAUAAGUAAUCAACCCACCAUACAGCUACAAUACCACCAACAACAACAAUUGCAACAACUAAAACAACCAAUUGCAACUGUACAACCAUUAAUGUCAGCAGUUCCUAUAUAUCCAAAUGCAAUACCAAAAAUAUUUUCAAAUCCAGCAGCAGCAACAACAACAACAAAUAAUCAAAUUAAAACUAGUAAAAUACUACGUAGUGGUUCAUAUUCACAAACCCACCACAGUACAACACACAAUUCACCACAACAUCAUGGUUACCAACGCCUUAGUUCAACUGCACAGGAGCAACAACAUUUGCAACAAUUGGCAGCUACAAAAACAAAUUUGGCUGCAUUGAACUUGCAAUAUCCCAGCGUGGAACGAUCGCAAAUGGAACAUUUAGCAAAAUGGCUGAGUGCGCGUGAGAAAUGUCAUAAAUCAAAGAAGGAUGCGAAAAAUUAUGAUAAUUUACUUUAUGCAAGACUUGGCGAGAAACUGCAAGAGAAUUCAUGCAAUGCUGAUUAUUACGCCAAUAAGGAGAACUUGCAACGUCGCAAGCACAAACUACAAAGGCGCCAACAAAAUUUGGUAAAAUCACACAGUGCUGACAAUUCCAGCAAAUCAACCGAAAGUAGCAGUAACAAUGAAAAAGCGACUGAUAAAAUCGAUUACAUAGAAAUGCUACCAUUGAACGGUGAUCCUAUUGAAUGCGAAAAUCUACUAGGUCAAACAACAGAUGAAGAAACCUCGAAUGAACUAUUAACACCCUGCAAGGAAGCAGCUCAAGCGCUAUUAGCACAGGAAAAGUGUUGCGAGACUAAAGCUCACGUAGCAACCGGGACUUUAGUUGAUUUGACUGAUGAUGCAGAAGCAGUAGUUGAGCUACAAAUCAACACAAAUGGCAUUAAAAUUUGUGCUGAUGAAGAAGAAGUGGAUGCAGUGGAGGAGGAAGCGGAAGAAGAAACUGAGAGUGGUGAUAGUUUAAGUCCUACGAAUGCAGCUGCAAUUGCAACAACUGGCAGUACAGCCAAUACAAGCGCCUCAUCGCUGAUACAUCGUUAUGUACAUGAACACAUACAUCAUCAUUAUCAUCAUUUCAAAGAAAAAGACGAAUAGAGCACAAAAACUGUUUCUUACUCAGCAGUAAAAUGUUUAGUCA